AUGUAUUUAUUAAAACAAAAACAAAAUUUAUUGGAUCUUAAAUUUUGUCAAAAAUAUUUAUAUGAAAUUCUUCCUUCAUUAGAAGGUUCAACAGCAAUAAGAUUAAGAAAAAAAGAAUUAGUUGAAUGGUUAAAGAAAGAGAAUAUGAACGAAUAUGAAAAGUAUUUUAGAAUAAAUUUUCUUCACAUUUUUAAUCUAGAGACAGAUAUUGAGAAUAUAUUUGAUUCAAUUUGUAGAGUUUUUGGAAAUAAUUUUAUUACACUUAUUUCUGAAGCUGAUUAUAGAAAACAGUUUAAUAACGAAAAAUCACCAGCUUUUGUGGUUAAAGAAUUUGUACGAAACGAGUGGGAUAUGAUAUUCUAUGAUAUUUACGAUAGAAGAAAAUUUUUAUUUUUCAUUACGAAAUUUGAAGUUGACGAAUGGAAAAAGAAUUUUG